CCGAAAUCACCUGAAAUUCGUUUUUUCCGCUGAAUUUGAAAGAGAUGAGGAUAACUUCAACAUUCUACAAUUCUUUUAGAGAUGCAAUGCCACUCAAUCGAAAUUUGACAAAAAAUAUAGUGCUUGUCAUGAUUUUAAUAAGUUCUCUUCUACUUAUAAUCAAUUUUCUGAGUGAUAGAUAUGAAGAAAGAAGACCACUUUUUGAUGCAUUUUAUGAGUGUGCAUACCCAAAAUAUGCUGCACACAGAGGAGACUAUGAUCAGUUUUGGGCAAGUUUUGUGAACUCAACACUAGCUUGUGAAGAUCUGCCAGCAUACAGACGUCUUGAUAUUCGCCCAGUUUCAAAUAAGGAUGAGAUAAAAUACGUGGCACUUCCAAAUAAGAAGGAUCAUACUUUGACAAUGGUCACGUUUGGUGUUGGGCACGAUGUUACUGCUGAAAUUGAAAUGAAACAGGUUUGGCGGAACACCAAUUUCUAUGGAGUUGAUCCAAGUUCUGAUGUGAACAAAGCUUUGUAUGAAGGCAAUCUUGGAGGAAAGUUUUUCGAAUAUGCAAUCAGUGGACAUUCUGGGAAACAAAAAUCGUAUAUUUUGACAAAAGAAUACCGAAACGAAACAAUAAUGCACAUCAGAGCCGAUACAUUUUUUGGAGACAUUCUUCGAAAACCCAUAGUUGAUCUUUUAUGGAUGGAUACUGAAGGUUAUGAGUUUCCAGUUCUAGAAAUGAUUCACAAAGAGGGACCAUUGGAUGACCAAGGAAUCAAGUUAUGCCAAAUAAAUGUAGAAAUUCAUAAAGAUAUAGAAAAUGGGAUAACUGGAGAACGAAAGAUGUUCCAUGACUUUGUUUGGAGGUUAAUGGAAGAUAAAAGAUAUAUUAUGAUAAGACCGUUCAAUGUUUUCUGGUAUCAUGAUUUUAUUCGAAUUGUUCUUAUUAAUGUUGCUGAUAAGGAAUGUACUGAUUUGUAUGUAAGAUGA